GCAGGUGCACAGACGGGGUAUGCACUGCUGUGGAUCCUCUUUUGGUCCACUGCGCUCGGCCUGCUGCUGCAGGCCAUAGCAGCGCGAGUGGGAGUGGUAACAGGGUGCCAUUUGGCAGAGCUGUGUCGAAUGGAGUAUUCACCCCCCGUGCGCUGGGUGCUGUGGAUCAUGACGGAGGUGGCCAUAGUGGGAGCGGACAUCCAGGAAGUCAUCGGCUGCGCCAUCGCGCUGCGCAUCCUCUCAAGAGGGUUUAUUCCAAUCUGGGCGGGGGUGUUGAUAACAGGGCUCGACAGCUUCCUGCUGCUCUUCCUUGAGAACUUUGGCAUUCGCAAGCUCGAGGCGCUCUUUGGGCUCUUCAUCGCUGUCAUGGCGGCCUCCUUCGCCCGCAUGUUCGUCGAAGCUGCGCCUGAUGCAGGGGCAAUUGCACAUGGCCUGCUCGUGCCCACCAUCCCCAAGGGAGCCACCAGCAUGGCAGUGAGCAUACUGGGGGCAGUCAUCAUGCCGCACAACAUCUUCCUUCACUCCGCUCUUGUGCAAUCGCGAGCCAUCGACCGCCACUCCCCACCGCGCGUGGCAGAGGCGCUGCUCUACUUCACGCUAGAAUCCGCCCUCGCGCUGCUGCUUUCCUUCCUCGUCAACCUCUGCGUUGUCUCCGUCUUUGCGCGCCUUUUCUAUGGGCGACCAGGAGCAGCAGAUAUUGGGCUCGACAACGCUGCUGAGUAUCUGCAGCAAGCCUUCGGCUCCACCACCUUCCCAGUGGUGUUCAUCUGGGCAGCGGGCCUGCUAGCAGCGGGGCAGUCAUCCACAAUGACAGGCACAUACACGGGGCAGUUCGUCAUGUCGGGCUUUCUCGACCUGCACGUGCGCAAGUGGGUGCGCGUCUGCAUCACCCGCACCGUUGCCAUGGUGCCCACCAUCGCCGUCGCCCUGCUCUACACCCCUCCCACCUCGCACACACCAGCGCCACCCCCACCCUUGGCAGCACUGCAUGUGCCAGUGGCAGGAGGAUUGGGUGCAGUACAAGGGGCACCGUCUGCAGCUGCAGCAGCAGCAGCAGCAGCAGCAGCAGCGAGAUUAUUGGAAGAAGAGUGUUUUACUCGUUCGUCCUUCACAACCUCCCCCAUGCCUUCCGUUCUCCACCAUGUCAUCAACACCUCCCUUCCUGCCUCCGCCUUCUCCUCCUCGCCUCUCUCCAACCCUUCACUGCAGAUUCCAGCCGCACUCCCUGUCGCACUCCCCUCCUCCCUCGCCUCCCCGCCACUGACAGCACCAACCAUGCUAACUCUGUCCUCAUUGGAUGUUCUAAACCAGUGGCUCAACGUGCUGCAGUCCGUGCAACUGCCGUUUGCUGUCAUCCCACUCCUGGCUAUCGCGUCGUCAACCCACGUGAUGGGACGAUAUGCCAUCAAGGGAGCGGUCAAGGUGCUAGCGUGGGCAUCAGCAGCGCUGGUAAUCACCAUUAACCUCUACCUCCUCUUUGUCUUCGCCACAACCAACCUCCCUCACUCCCUCUCCACAGUCCUCCUCCUCCUCCUCCUCUCCCUCCCUUACCUCCUCUUCCUCAUCCACCUCGCCCUGCAUCCCCGGAGCGAGGGCUCCGAGUUCAACCAUCCGCACCGCUCCCGAUCGCACAGCACCUGCAGCAACGAGCGCUGCCGUCUCGCCAGCCCCACGGGGGUCAAUCGACUGGAUUGUGUAACCUUUUCCGGUGCUUCUGAUGCCACCGGUGCUACUGGUUCUGCUGGGUCUGCUGGUUCUGGUCAACUGGAUGGGAGUGUAGGUGGAGUUAGGGUUAACUGUUGCAGUGGCAGCAGCAGCAAUGACCCACUCCUCUCUCCUCCAGCUGGGCGUGUAGGGAGGGGAGGUGGGCUAGGUAUGCCUUUGCUGGAUGUAAAGUUGGACGAGUAA